UAAUUGUCUUGUACGGUGGAGUAUAUAUUCCCAUCCCCGCGAGUCCUUUUCAUUCAUUCCUCCAGCCGUGAUCUCUGAGUGACAUCGUUCUGUCAUCUACCUACUUCUCCGAAGCUCCAACAUGAAGCUGUUUGUCUGCGUGCUGCUCGUGACGAUCGUUGUCAUGGCAACGCUGAUUGACGACUCCGAGGGAUGGAGGCGCCGGCGCAGGCGCAGAAGAUCCGGACUCCAGGCCGAUACAGAUGCUGACUCAGAGUUGAGGGAGGUUAUGGAAGAGGCGAGGGCGCUCCUGGAGGAACUGAAUGAACAGCCCGAACAGCUGGAUACACGGGAAAUGGACGACCUGGACGAGGGGAACCUUCUCGCAGAUCAAGAAGGUAAGAAGUUUUAAUUGUUUUCCCUUUGAGAUUCCGUCACUACAAGAACUCCGACCAUAAAGCACAGAUUAAAGCGUGUGUGAAGCGUCAGGGUUUGAACUAAAAAUAGGAAAUUCGCAGAAAUAUCGUAGUUGUAACUGCAGAUCAUAUACUUCUGGCCCACCCAAUAAAGCAAUACAUGUUGAAUCUAUUUCCCUGUUACUAAUAAUGCUUUUCUUUUUUUACAGACACCAGAAGGAGACGGUAGAACUGAGUGACCUAACGGACGACCCGAACAUCAUGACUUUUUAAUGGCAUCAAAAGAGAUGAAAAUAAGAAAAAAAAUAGACCCAAUGUGUCAUUGGAGGAUUAGUCGUCUCUUUUUAAAUUUCUUGAAUUGAUUCUUUUUG